AAAAAAAAGAAAGAGAAGGAAAGAAGGGACCAGCCACCCUCUUCUCUUUUCCCCCCUUUUCCCCUUUCGUUUGGCUUCCCCUCCCCAUUCCCCCCCACCUCAAUUUGGUGUCCAGUCCUCCUCUCCCCCCCUCUUCCUUCUCCCGACAUCAUCCCCCCCCCCACCACCACAUCCUCAAUGCCUCUCUGAACAACAUAUAGGAAGAGCGCGGGAGGAGGAGGAGGAGGAGGAGGAGGAGGAGGAGACCCAGGGAGGCAAAGAGAAAGAAGAAGAUGAGGAUUAUUUGCAGACAGCUUGUCUUGUUGUUUUCUGGAUUUUGGGGACUUGCAAUGGGCGCUUUUCCUAGCAGCGUGCAAAUAGGUGGUCUCUUCAUCAGAAACACAGAUCAGGAAUAUACUGCUUUUCGAUUAGCAAUUUUUCUUCACAACACCAGCCCCAAUGCAUCUGAAGCACCUUUUAAUUUGGUUCCUCACGUAGACAACAUCGAAACAGCAAACAGCUUCGCUGUAACAAAUGCCUUCUGCUCCCAGUACUCACGAGGAGUUUUUGCUAUUUUUGGACUGUACGAUAAAAGAUCAGUACACACCUUGACCUCAUUCUGCAGCGCCUUGCACAUCUCCCUCAUCACACCCAGUUUCCCCACAGAGGGUGAAAGCCAGUUUGUGCUGCAACUGAGGCCUUCCUUACAAGGAGCGUUGCUAAGUUUGCUGGGCCAUUAUAAAUGGAAUCGCUUUGUCUUCCUUUAUGACACCGAUAGGGGUUACUCAAUACUUCAAGCUAUUAUGGAAACAGCAGGAGAAAAAAGCUGGCAAGUUAGCGCCAUAUGUGUGGAGAAUUUUAACGAUGCAAGUUACAGGCAGCUUUUAGAAGAUUUGGACCGAAGACAAGAAAAGAAAUUCGUAAUAGAUUGCGAAAUAGAGAGGCUUCAAAAUCUCUUAGAACAGAUUGUGAGUGUUGGAAAACAUGUUAAAGGCUACCAUUACAUUCUUGCAAAUCUGGGAUUCAAAGAUAUUUCCCUGGACAGAUUUAUGCAUGGAGGAGCCAACAUCACAGGGUUUCAAUUAGUGGACUUCAAUACACCUAUGGUUUCUAAACUCAUGCAACGGUGGAAGAAACUGGACCAGAGAGAAUACCCAGGAUCAGAAACUCCCCCUAAGUAUACCUCUGCUCUGACUUAUGAUGGAGUACUUGUGAUGGCCGAGACUUUCCGAAAUCUUCGAAAGCAGAAAAUAGAUAUUUCUCGAAGAGGAAAUGCUGGGGAUUGUCUUGCAAAUCCAGCUGCACCAUGGAGCCAAGGGAUUGACAUGGAGAGGACAUUGAAACAGGUUCGAAUACAAGGACUGACUGGAAAUGUUCAGUUUGACCACUAUGGUCGCAGAGUCAACUAUUCAAUGGAUGUAUUUGAACUGAAGAGCACAGGCCCUCGAAAGAUUGGGUACUGGAAUGACAUGGAUAAAUUAGUCUUGAUUCAACAUGAGCCUACACUGGGCAAUGACACAGCUGCCCUUGAGAACAGAACAGUAAUUGUAACUACAAUUAUGGAAGCCCCAUAUGUUAUGUGGAAAAAAAACAGAGAAUUGUUUGAAGGGAAUGAGAAGUAUGAAGGUUACUGUGUAGACCUGGCAUCAGAAAUUGCAAAGCAUAUUGGCAUCAAGUAUAAAAUUGCUAUUGUCCCUGAUGGAAAAUACGGAGCAAGGGAUCCACAGACAAAAAUCUGGAACGGGAUGGUGGGAGAGCUUGUAUAUGGGAAAGCAGAGAUUGCAGUUGCACCUCUGACCAUCACUUUGGUGCGUGAGGAGGUCAUCGAUUUUUCUAAGCCCUUUAUGAGCCUUGGCAUAUCCAUUAUGAUCAAGAAGCCCCAGAAAUCUAAACCGGGAGUUUUUUCCUUCCUGGACCCCUUGGCCUAUGAAAUUUGGAUGUGCAUAGUCUUUGCCUACAUUGGAGUCAGUGUUGUCCUAUUCUUGGUGAGCAGGUUUAGUCCAUAUGAAUGGCAUACAGAAGAGCCGGAGGAUGGUAGAGAAGGACCCAGUGAUCAACCUCCUAAUGAAUUUGGCAUCUUCAACAGUCUUUGGUUUUCCCUGGGUGCCUUUAUGCAGCAAGGAUGUGAUAUUUCACCCAGGUCCCUCUCAGGUCGCAUAGUUGGAGGCGUCUGGUGGUUCUUCACGCUAAUCAUAAUUUCAUCGUAUACCGCUAACCUUGCUGCUUUCUUGACUGUUGAGCGGAUGGUUUCACCCAUAGAAAGUGCAGAAGACCUCGCAAAACAAACAGAAAUUGCAUAUGGGACUCUAGACUCUGGUUCAACAAAAGAAUUCUUCAGAAGAUCUAAAAUAGCGGUAUAUGAAAAGAUGUGGGCAUACAUGAGCACAACAGACCCAUCCGUCUUCGCUAGGACCACAGCUGAGGGCGUUGCCCGUGUCCGCAAGUCCAAGGGCAAGUUUGCCUUCCUCCUGGAAUCCACCAUGAAUGAAUACAUUGAGCAGCGAAAGCCAUGUGACACCAUGAAAGUGGGCGGAAAUCUGGAUUCGAAAGGCUACGGAGUAGCCACACCAAAGGGUUCUUCAUUAAGAACUCCUGUAAACCUUGCCGUUUUGAAACUCAGUGAGGCAGGCGUCUUAGACAAGCUGAAAAACAAAUGGUGGUACGAUAAAGGUGAAUGUGGACCGAAGGAUUCUGGAAGUAAGGACAAGACAAGUGCUCUGAGUCUCAGCAACGUUGCUGGCGUCUUCUACAUUCUGGUUGGCGGCCUGGGGUUGGCAAUGCUGGUGGCUUUGAUAGAAUUCUGUUACAAAUCCAGGGCCGAGGCGAAGAGAAUGAAGCUGACCUUUUCUGAAGCCAUACGAAACAAAGCCAGAUUAUCAAUCACAGGAAGCAUGGGAGAAAACGGUCGCGUUCUCACUCCGGAUUGCCCAAAGGCCGUACACGCUGGAACUGCAAUUAGACAAAGUUCAGGAUUGGCGUGUUCGACGGAUUUGCAUCUGUCUAACUACAAGAAACCAACAAAUGCGUUUAGAGAACACCAUCAGUCUGCCGUGUAGAAUCAAAGAGACUACGGGUCACUCAUGUUACCGAUAUUAUUUAUAAUCUUGUUCUGUGUAUAAAAAAAAAAAAACUGUGGUUUUUGUACCCACCAAAAAGGAAUAAAAUAACAACUGUUCUUUUAA